AUGGCAGUGCCCGAGUAUCGCGAUGAAGUCUUGAUCUCGCUCUCGAGCGUUAAUCCUCCGCCCAACUUUUCGUUCCCAGAACGCCGCAUAUUUCUGAGCAAGAAGAGAACAUCGAUCGAAAUCGGUCGGACGAGUAAGAGAAAUGCUUCGUUUGAAGCUGCCAAGAGUAACGCUUGGUUCGACUCGCCAGUCAUGUCCCGCAAGCAUGCACUUAUCACAUUCGAUAGCGAGAAACAGAAAGUUUUUCUAAAGGAUACCGGAUCUCUCCACGGGACAUAUAAAAACGAUGUCCGCCUCGAGACGAACAUGAGCUCGGAAAUACUCAACGGCGAUAAGGUCAAGUUUGGUGCUAUUAUUGAGAGAGGCUUGCACAAAUACCCUCCUUGCUUAAUCAACACAUCUAUCAAGUUCGGCUCUCGCGACCCAGAACAACGUGGAAAUUGCUUCUUCGUGCCUGAAGAAAGUGAUAUAGAAGACGAGAACAGUAGCGACGACCAAGUCCGCAACAGUUGCCAAAUGUUGCACUCAAAUGAUGUUCGGACGCUUCACUAUCGUGCCAUGAUCGAUUUGACACAAGACGAACGAUUCCCGGGAUCUAGUCUUAGGAACGGAUCAGCUUUUGCGCCUCACUCACCCCAAGGGAUCUCCCAGCUACCAAACAUGACACUUCCCCAGCCCUCCGGACCUUCCCCCGUUUCGGUUGAAUACGUGCCUACCUCGCCUAAAGAUAACACAUGGCAGUUUUCGGAUAUGGAGGAUGACGAGGAGGGAGACGAAGAAGUCGACGAUGUAUCACAGCCUAUUAGCAUGGCCGAUGAUGCAAGAGACCCAUUCGAUCAACUCUCUGAUGCCCAGAGCGAAAGCUUUGCCAACUCGCCUCUUUUAGAAGCGUAUGAUGAUGAUGACACAGACGUCUCUGAGGAUGACGAUGAGAUCGCUGAGCUGGAGUCUGAACAUGACCAAGAUGCCCUUGCUAUUGAUAACUCAUUCUACUCCUCGAUUGAACCUCCAGCUGAGGAGGCCCCUGUGGAAACAUCUAUGAUGGUCGACAACACAUUAAGCCGAUUCGCCACUGUACGUGCUGUUCUAAAUGACCAACCCGAGAGACCUGAGGCAGAGUCCCCCAGCAUCUGUGCCACCAGGGCUUCCCAGCAGCCGGACGGCGCCGAAACAGCUAGUCUGAACGAAAUCCAAAAGGAUAACACCGACUACAACUGGAAGCCUGAUCUACCACCCGUGGUACCUAAUAACAUGUUCUCAUCAUUGAAGUUGCCCUCAAUCUCAGAGGCAAUCGCUUUCAACCAAUGCCCUCCUGGCCAAACAAUGGCUGAGGUAAUGGGCAUGAAGACUGGGAAGCACGACUUCUUCAAUGCUAGAGAAGAAAACAGAGCCAGCGCUCUCGCGAAUAACAUGCGAUCUCAGGGUCAAGCCCAGUCAGUUGUCAAGGUGCCAGGCCACACAUCUUGGGUUAGUGACACAAGUGAAAUCGUUUCAAUGGGGGCGGAAAACACCAAAGAUGCUCGUGAUCAUCAAGAUCAGCAACUAGUCGCCUCGGAUUUGGCAACUUCUGGAGCUAAAUUCCUCGAUACCCCUAUUGAGCAUCCUCUUGAGAGUCCAAGUGUGGUACCUGCUCUUGACGACUCAUCUGCUUUCAAGUUUCAGGAAAGUAAACGAGCCCUUGGUCUUGAUGGAUCUGCCACCAAAGCAACGCACGAGGCUGUUGUUGUUGAGGACAAUGCGACGGUGGAGGCCAUUGAUUCAGUUGAAUCCUCAAGGGACGCAGCACACGAAUCCACUUCAGUCAAGGGCAAUGUGAACAAGGAGCUUGAAACACCCGAAGAUUCUAGCCUACCACAUCAAAUUACUCGGAAAUCAAAGAGGAAGGCUGGCGACAUUUCUGUCGUCACUCCAGCGGAGAGGCGUACAAGCACGCGGGACGGUGUGCUCUACCGACGGCCAGCUUUCCGUGUGGGCAAGGCCCAAGCCGUUCGAAACCUUCGCCGAGCAGCUUCCGCGGCGGUGGCACCUCCAGCACAGAAACGCCUUCGUCGUAUGGCCGAGGUAGUUGGGUAUGCGGCCCUUGGCGGUGUUGCUGUCAUGUCUGCACUCAUUGCCACAGCACCCACUCUGUAA